GCGGGCGGGGGAGGAGGAGGAGGGUGCUGGUGAAGCUCCCCUGGGAGCCGCCAUUUUCCGGAGGGGACCCCCUCGCUCACUCUUAAAGCGGCAGCGCUCCGCGCUGAGGGGCGGCUCUGCCGCGGCCGGGGGCCAGGCCCCGGUUCGGGAGCGGGAAGGUCCGUGGCUGAGGCCGCUGUUUCUUUCGGUCACCACGACCGUGUCGGGAGCGGAUGGGAGCGGACCGGACCGGACUGGUGCGUGUGUGGGACCGAGGCUCGGCCCUCCCCUCCUCACAGGACUGCCCAGAAACCUGCGGAGUAUCCUCAGCUUGCUCUUGGCAGCAUCACAUGAGAAGCCUGGCAGGGUUGAAGCACUCGCGGAGGUCGCCAUGUUUCCUACCACCAGGAAGUGAGUGAGUGUUGCUCAAGCCCAGCAGCUAUGGCAGCCGAUGAGAGGGACUACAACCUGACGGAGGCGCAGAAGGCUAUCAAAGCCAAAUACCCACCGCUCAAUAAGAAAUAUGAAUAUUUGGAUCACACGGCAGAUGUGCAGCUACAUGCCUGGGGAGACACUUUGGAAGAAGCAUUUGAGCAGUGUGUUAUGGCCAUGUUUGGCUACAUGACUGAUACAGAGACCGUGGAGCCUGUGGAUACAGUAGAGGUAGAGGCAGAAGGACAUGACAUGUUGUCUCUUCUCUUCCAUUUCUUGGAUGAGUGGCUGUAUAAAUUCAGUGCUAAUGAGUUCUUUAUACCCAGGGAGGUGAAAGUGCUUUACAUUGACCGAAUGCAAUUCAAAAUAAGAUCAAUUGGGUGGGGAGAAGAGUUCUCUUUACCCAAACACCCUCAGGGUACGGAGGUCAAAGCCAUAACUUACUCAGCAAUGCAGAUCUGUGAAGACGAAAAGCCAGAAGUCUUUGUCAUCAUUGACAUUUAAAGCAAGAAAAGUGUGGUUGAGUGGAUACUUGGCAUUGGCUGGCAAAAGUCCCUUGAAAACUGUAAUCCCUGUGGAAGUAACUAAGGAAUUUGCCAAUUCAAGUCAUAAAUUGAAGGGCGUAACUGCGGGGAAUGUCAGCCCCUGUUUUGACUUGAGGAUGGUGAGACAGAGAAAUACCUGCAUGCCAGGAAAAAAAAAAAAGAACUAGUUGGGGUUUUGGGGGUGUUGAGAAGAAGAAUGAGGGUUGCAGGGGUUGAAAGUCUCUCAGGAAUGCUAGUAGUCGGUUUUUAAGGCUGAUAUAUGUGUUAGGGGCUGUAUGAACUAAAUAGAGAAAUUAGUGGAGCUGCUAGCUAAAACACUACCUUUUUAUACAGUGGCAGGAGGUAAAUGUUCAUUGACAUGAUUUCAUUUUUAGAUUUAAAUACUCUAAUUCUGAGGUGACAGCCCUCCUCCAUAUUAUAUAAAGGGUCAAAAAUAUCAGCAGUGGGUCAGAUUUAAUGUAGAAAAUUUUCUGACUGUUCAAAGGACACCUAAGAAAGCGUACCAAUUAAAAAAACAAACCACGACACCUUCUGGACUACUUAAAAAAAAAAAAAAGUCAUGCCAGCAGGUGGUGCUGAAUUGCUGUAAAUAAAUUUCCACAUGUUCAUGGAAUCCUAGUAGCACCUAUUACCACUCUAAAAAGCAGGCAACUUUGCUGUGGCGGUAGAAGGGGAUGCACCAGACUCUCUGUGGGUUCACUCCCAACUAUGUCUUGCGAAAGCCGAUUCUCUUUUAGAAAAAGCAGACAAUUCGGAUCAGCUUCCAUUUCUUCCUUUAGAAAGGACAAUACAGACAAUCCUUUCAUGUCAAAGCAUUAUGGGCAGUUCACUGAAUCAAAAUUAAUCAAAAAUAAUCAAAAGUGUGUUUUGUUUUAAAUCACAGGACAGCAAGCGUGUGUUACCUGCUAUUGCUAUUUAAAUGUGAGAGGGGCACAGUAAGGGAUGGUCAGCGCAGGCCUGACCUGCUUUUUUUAUUGUAAAUGCUACAAGUGCCUCACCUCUGGAGGCAGGGUCUCAUCUUGAUUUCAUUGUAAAGUCAUCUUGAAUAGAUCUGGUUUUACUUCCAUAUUGUGAAGACUGAGGGAUAAAACCCCUUUUAUUUUUUUGAGAAAGCUUCAAUGCUGAAAUAAAACUUGGACUGAAAGAA